AUGGAGCCUCAACGGCAGAUCUACAAAAGACUGGACAUCCCGGAUCAUGUGCAUUACAUCAUCGCCUUCGUCAUCCUCAUCAUCGGCACUUUGGGAGUCACGGGCAACACUUUGGUCAUGUUUGCCUUCUACAGUAAUAAAAAGUUGCGGAGCCUGCCAAAUUAUUUCAUAAUGAACCUGGCGGUCAGUGAUUUACUCAUGGCCAUCACACAGUCUCCAAUGUUCUUCAUCAACUGCUUGUUUAAGGAGUGGAUGUUUGGGGAGCUGGGAUGUAAAAUAUAUGCAUUCUGUGGUGCGCUGUUUGGCAUCACCUCGAUGAUAAACCUGCUGGUCAUCUCUAUCGAUCGAUACCUGGUCAUCACCAAACCGCUGCAGACCAUCCAGUGGAACUCCAAACGCAGAACCUCUCUGGCCAUCCUGUGCAUCUGGAUCUACUCGCUGGCCUGGAGUCUGGCACCUCUGAUUGGCUGGAGUUCCUACAUCCCUGAAGGUCUGAUGACAUCCUGCACGUGGGACUACGUCUCACCUUCUCCCAGCAACAAGAGUUACACCAUGAUGCUGUGCUGUUUCGUCUUCUUCAUCCCUCUGGCCAUCAUCCUCUACUGUUACCUGUUCAUGUUCCUCUCUGUACGAAAGGCCAGCAGAGAUCUAGAGCGGCUGAGCACUCAGAAGUCCAGUCUUGUGAAGCAGCAGUCCAUGAGGAGUGAAUGGAAACUGGCUAAAAUAGCAGCUGUGGUCAUAGUGGUGUAUGUGCUGUCCUGGGCUCCCUACGCGUGUGUCACCCUCAUCGCCUGGGCAGGGCAUGCAGGCAUCCUCACACCCUACUCUAAAACACUGCCUGUGGUCAUCGCCAAAUCAUCUGCCAUCUACAACCCUUUCAUAUAUGCCAUAGUUCACACCAAAUACAGGUAA